CGGAAUCCAACAACCACUCACGAACGCGAGAACCCAUGAGCUGAAGAGCCUUUAUAGGAAGAUAAGUGAGGGACAGUCUAGCGUUCGCUGGCGAGACUGCCAUCUUUCCUUGCGAAGGAAAAUUGGCUGCUCGAGCGAGGUUAUGGACAUAUCUGAGUGCCAAUUUUGAAUCGGUUGCAGAUAGUUUCUUAUACCAUCCGAGUUCUCUACACAUACAAUGGCUAGAAUUUUGGUGCAAGGCAGUUCUCCCGUCAUAUGGGCAAUUCCACUUGCAAGCAAAGCACUGACAAAACGUAGUAGUUGGAAUACUACCUCGAGGCUCGCAAGUUUACAUUCACCUCGGUGUGCUUCAUCUCCUGAGUCUGUGAAGCGAGUUUUCACCCGUUCUCUCGGCGCUGCUGGGUUCGCUGGCCACUCCAGCAAUUUAAGCUGGCGCGCUUCAGCUUCGAAUUUAAGUUUCAAAAUGCAAACAGAGCACAUCUCAACAGUUGUGGCCCAAGCAUCAUCAAGCGUAGAAGUUGGAGGUAGUCCAUCAAAGGCUAAAGAUCGAGAACUUUUGGUGCAGCAUCUUCUGGUGAAAGAAGACCAGCUCCAACUGCUCUUGGAGCUUCAGCGGAAAAUAACUCAAGAGGGUUUGGACUUGAGCGACAUAGCCGAAGAACACUCAAUUUGUCCAUCAAGUGUCGAAGGAGGAAUGCUAGGAUGGCUAGCAGAAGGCCAAACUGAUCCAGCGUUUGAGGAGGCCAUAUUCACAGCUCAGUUGAACAAGUUGAUCCGCGUCAAAACGAAACAUGGGUGGCAUUUGCUGCAAGUGCUGAGCGAAAGGCCAGCGAUGAAAUUGGAGCAGAUAGAUGCUGAGGAGUUUCAUGAGCGAAUGCAAGACCCCUCGUUUUUUGAGGAAGCUCAACUUGUUGAUGUUCGAGAACCGGAUGAAAUCUCUACUGCUUCCAUUAAAGGCUUUGAGGCCUAUCCUUUGAGUAGAUUCGGUCAAUGGGCUCCAAGCAUCGCAGAUGAUUUGGAUCCAGAAAAAGAUACUUACGUUUUGUGUCACCAUGGGAUGAGAUCGAUGCAGGCAGCACAAUGGCUUCAAACACAGGGUUUUAGGCGCUUGUAUAACAUCCAUGGUGGAAUUCAUGCAUAUUCCAAGAAGGUGGAUCCAUCAAUUCCAACAUACUGAACUUUUAAAAUGGGUUUCAUCCAUUCCCUGGCGGGAUGAAUAGCCAGAUAUGGUCAAGAGCUUAUAAUUUCUUACAACCAGGAACUAGACCCUAUUUUCAAGGGAACUGUCACUGUGCCAAAUGAGCAGUACUCACUUUUUGUGGCAUGCUUGUUAUUAGAUUAACGAAGUUUUGCGGUAAUGGAACAAGACAAGCAUGUUAAGUUUUAUUGUCAAUAUUUGAUAGUGAUCAAACGGUGUAUGUCC